AUGAGAAAUUAUAUCUUGUUCAAGAUCCUCUUCCUGUGGAUUUCCGUUGUGAAUGUUACUUGGAUAUACAGCAUAAGACAUUUUGACUUGAACACUGCAAAAAACUUAAGAUCUUCAGAAGAAAGAUCAGUAGGGACAGAUUUUCUAAGCAGGGGAGGAGUAGGCAUAUCAAAUUUAAGAGAAAAAAAUUAUAUAAGUGCAGAUAAUGAUAGCCCAUAUGGGAAAGCUGUCUUUAUGCAAACAUCAGCAACUUUAACAAAUUUAAUGCAUGAAAGGGAAGUUCUUUUAUCCACAGAUAAGAAUGAUAAAACUUAUGUGAUUACAGGAUCAGUCAAAGGUAUAGAAGAUGGACAACCGAUAUCGAUAGCUCUAGGAGCUCAAUACUCAAAUAGUUUCGAUUCUUUAGAAGUAGUAAUAGUAACAGCUGAUAAUCCAUAUUUCAAAUUUAUUGUUCAUGGAGGAAGAUAUUAUUUACGUACUUUUGGAUCUACCUAUUUAACACCGAGUGCUAUAAAAUUGAAUGUACCUUGCUCCGAAUGCAAAUUUGUAAAUUCAGAUUAUAGCGAUUUUAUUGAUAUAACUCCAUAUCCAAAUGUUUCCAACUUGUUUAUAUAUGAAUGGGAGUUACAAUCAACAGCUCCUAUUGCAUUGGAACAUAUAAAUGUAGUACAUAAUGAUGAUGCUGAUUGGACUCAUGGACAUGAUUUAUCAAAUGAAUUGAAACUCGAUGGGUCAGCUGCUUCAGCAUCUUUGAAAACCUUUUUUGGAAUUGAAUUAUACGGAUAUUGGGGCUCUGAAUAUUCAGACAGACUACUAAAUGUGUUGUCUAGUUUCCCCGAAUGUGUUAAAUUAGUUGCAUAUAGUAAGGAGGAAAGAGCACGUCAAAGGAAACAUCAAAAAUGGAUUCUAGUACAAGGUGAUUUAGGAGCAUUUGAUAUGGAUUCAGAGAUUUACAAUGAAGAGGAUGAUGCUGACUAUUCCAAAAUUGUACGUGUAUCUAGCAGUGCAUUUGAAUAUUCUAAAAAGCAAGUGAAAACACAAAGUAGUAAUGGAAAUUAUUAUUCAAGGAGAUUAGAAAAGGUAAUAAUAAGAGCUAUCCUAGCAGAUGAUUAUAACUUAUUUGUUACCUACUUUGAAGAAAAACAUGGGGUUCAAUUGUUAGACCCAGUGAGAAAUCCCCAACAGGUUGAACAAGUUACAGGAUAUUCACAUAAAGAUUAUCAACCAUGGAGUCAGAAUUUAGAGGAACUUAUCGAAUUAGCCACCUCGUGGGAUGAAUAUCCAAAAGGAUUUCAAAAAGUAAAAGGAUUGAAUUAUAUUUCUAGAAGAAAGAACGGACUAAAACAUCCCGUUUAUCCUACUGCCCCUGCAGUGGCUUUCCCUGCUGGUCCUACUAGGAAUUCUUUUAUCGAAUUCAUGGAAUUAGCAUUUAUAAAUUAUAAAGAUAUUUCUCACUUAGUUCUUCAUGAGAUUGGACACUUUAUUUAUGUAAAUACUCUUUCUGUUGAUUUGAUAAAAGAAUGGGUUACUUCGGGACAAUGGUAUGAAGAACCCUUAUCCCCAAGCAAAUGGGCUACUAGGAAUGAAAUAGGAUUUGUUUCUGCUUAUGCACAUGAUAAGACACCAGCAGAAGAUUUUGCAGAAUCUAUAGCUUCCUUUGUUUUGAAUCCAAAAUUAUUGAAUUCUAGAAGUAGUGAAAAAUACAAUUGGAUAAAAAAGAAUUUAUUUAGUGGAAGUUUUUAUGUCACUUCAGGAACACACAAAUUUGAAGUUAUAAAUUUAGGGAAUCAAGUAUUUUAUUAUCCUGGAAAGGUAAAAAAAAUACGAGUAGAAGUAAAGGGAAAUCCAUCUGAAAAUAAAAAGGUACAAAUACAUAUAAACCUUUUAUCAUCAAAUGGAAAUAAAGGAUGUGCAAAAUAUGCUCAUGCAAGAUUUUUCUCAGAGCAGCAAACGUAUCGAGAUGUAUUUUUCUACACAGCAGAUCGUUCAGAAUGUAGUCAUGUCUUAUAUGCAGAAUUUGAUGUAAAUUCUUCAGAAAGUAAAGGGAAAUGGGUAGCUGAAUCUCUAUCAUUUACUGGACAAAAUGAUAUAAAGAGAUACACAGGAUUAGGAUCUUUUCUCUUAUAUAUGUAUGUGAAUAACCAGGAUGAAGAUAUUGAACAACCAUUGGCAUUGUUAGACUCAGUUCAGAUCUAUCCAUAUAAUGGAAGUGGUUCUGAAGACUCAUUACUAAGAUUAAGCAUGCUUAUCUUAGAAAAUACUGCACUGAAGAUACAUGGAGGAACAUUCGCUAAUUUCGCCUCAACGGAUAAUGAAAGUUAUUCGUAUGGUAAUCAUACUUACUCAUCAUACGAUCCUGAGUUUGAUGUUAAUGCUUUGCAUAAUGAUUAUUUUGUGAGGGAUAUUAAAACCAGUGGAUUUAGACAAGUUAAUAUGGAAGCAUGCAAAGCACAUACAAAAAUGAAUGUUACGAAUUUAAAAUGUUUUCAAGUAAUGAACCCAGUACACAUUCCACAAUACUGUGUAAGUAGUAGAUAUUACUUUCGUCAGAUGGCUGUAGAAGAUGAGGCAGGGAACCAAAACAUAGUUAAUGUUACAUCGGAUAAGUAUUAUGCAGAUUUAAAAACUUCAGCUAUUAGGGAUAGAACUAGGCCUACUGUAACUGGUGUUAGGGUUACCAGCAAACCAGCUAAUGAACACCAUGAUGGAGAAACAGAAGUUACCGUUGAAUUUGGCAUACAUGAUGAUUUAUCUGGAUUGUUCUAUGCUUAUGUACACUUAAGGGAUCCUCAUGGUGGAAUACAUUCAAGUCAUGUGAAUAGAACCCUCUUGCCUAAGGGAAAAGACUAUGCACAAGUGGUUCACAAGAUAUUGUUACCAAAGGGUUCCAUGGCCGGAACAUGGAUAUUAGAUGAGAUCAAGGCGGUUGAUAUGUGUAAGAAUGAGUCCAGGAAUGUCUACUCAUACAGCGUCUUCGUCGACAAUUCUUAA